UCUCGCUCCUUUUGCACUCAUGUCCGAUAACGAGAAAGAACCUGUUCAAGACCAAUUCGAUGAUGAAGAAGUCGACUUUUCCAAGUUGAAAAAGAAGAAGAAGUCCAAGAAGAAGGUCGACUUUGAAGCUGAAGCCGAACCUGUUGAAGCAGCUACUGAAGAACCCGCUGAAGCCGAACAAAAAGAUGAAGCUGAAGAGGAUCCUGAAGCCAUGUUUGCUGAUUUGAAAAAGAAAAAGAAGAAGAAGUCUAAGCCAGUUGAAGAGAAUGCCCCUGAAGGUGAGGCUGCAGCUGGUAAUGAUGAAGAUUUAGACUUUGGUGCACUUAAGAAAAAGAAGAAGAAGAAGUCUAUGGCACAAUUUGAAGCUGAUUUAGCAGAUGAAAAUGACGAACAAGAUGAAGCUGCUGAAGCCACCAAUAAAGAAGGCGGCGAAGAAGCAUGGCUCAAGAGUGACAGAGAUUACGCCUAUGAUGAACUCCUUGACCGUGUAUUCAACAUUUUGAGACAAAACAACCCUGAAUUGGCAGGUGAAAAGAAGAAAUACACAAUUGUUCCUCCUUCCAUUCAUCGUGAAGGUAACAAGAAGACCAUUUUUGCCAAUGUGUCUGAAAUCAGUAAACGUCUUCAUCGUCCUGCUGAUCAUGUCAUCCAAUUCUUAUUUGCUGAAUUGGGUACUACUGGUUCCAUUGACGGUGCUCAACGUUUGAUUAUCAAGGGUCGUUUCCAACAAAAGCAAAUUGAAAACGUGUUACGUCGCUACAUUGUUGAAUAUGUGACAUGUAAGACUUGUAAGUCUCCCAACACUAUUAUGACCAAAGACAACAGAUUGUACUUUGUUACUUGUGAACACUGUGGAUCUACACGUUCUGUUUCUGCCAUCAAGACUGGUUUCAAGGCACAAACCAAAGAAGAUAGACGUGCGCUCAGAGCAUAAAUGGAUCAUAAUAAAACAGAAAAAUUUAUUGACA